CCGACAGCAGCAACUCCCUCGCUGAAGCUCUCUCCCCACCCUCCAGCAUGAAGGUCUCCGCAGCCCUUCUGUGUCUGCUGCUGGCAGUGGCCGCCCUCGGCAGCCAGGUGCUCGGUCACCGAGCCCCCAGUUCAGUUAUUGGCCCAACCGUUUGCUGCAUCAACAUGGCCAACAAGAGCAUCUCUGUUAAGAGACUGAAGAGCUACAGGAGACUCACCAGCAGCAGAUGUCCCCUGGAAGCUGUGAUCUUCAGGACCAAACAGGCCAAGGACGUCUGUGCCAACCCCAAGGACAAGUGGGUCCAGAGGGCCAUGAAGUACCUGGACCAGAAGUCCCAAACCCCCAAGCCAUAAACGCUCACCUUUCUCAUACCGAGCCAGACCUUGAGAAAUGCUUGAUUCAUUUCCUCUAGUCUUUGUAAGAUGCAUUCUGUGACAAUCUCAUCAUCCUUCCAAAAGGAACACUUUUGUCUAAUAAUAAACACUAUUGCAUUUAAGUUAUUGAUGUAUUUAAA